CAAGUUUCAAGAGUUCUCUCUUAUUCUUUGCCAGUGGAUUCAGAUCACAAGGCAACAGAAUUUCGACUAUAUUUUCAAUCUCUUUCUCCCCACAUGCGAGCCUUCCACCUGGCAUGGCUCUCCCUCUUCAGCUGCUUCUUCUCUACUUUCUCCAUUCCUCCACUCAUUCCUAUCAUCGGAAAAGACCUCAACCUCACCGCUUCUGACGUGGGCAAGGCUGGGAUAGCAUCCUUUGUCGGUUCCAUCUUCUCCCGCCUCGCAACGGGCCCUGCAUGCGACCUCUUCGGGCCGCGUCUGGUAUCCGCCGCAGUCUCCCUCCUCACAGCACCCGUAGCCUUAUCCAUGUCUCUAGUCUCAUCCCCCAUGGCCUUCGUCGCCGUUCGUCUUCUCAUUGGAUUUUCUCUGGCCAAUUUCGUGGCCAACCAAUUCUGGAUGAGUUCCAUGUUCUCCGGCUGCGUUGUUGGACUAGCCAUUAAUGGCGUUGCCCCCGGCUGGGCUAACGUCGGCUCUGGCGUCACUCAGCUAGUCAUGCCGCUUAUAUACAAUCUCUUCACUACUACCUUGAACAUACCCUCUUCUAUUGCUUGGCGCAUAGCAUUUGUCGUCCCAGCAAUUUUCCAGGUAGCAACGGCGCUUAUGGUAUUCAUCUUUGGCCAGGACUUGCCUGAUGGAAACUACAGCGGUAGUAUAAUACAUAUAAGAGCUCCGAGUAAACCACAACAAAAAAAGGAAAACUCUUGCUGGAGUGUGCUGUACAACGGCCUGAAGAAUUAUGGAGGAUGGAUACUGGGGCUGACAUAUGGGUUUUGCUUCGGAGUCGAAUUAACAACUGAUAAUAUCAUAGCGCAGUAUUUCUAUGACAGAUUUAACGUGAAUGUUCAGACAGCGGUUGCCAUUGCUGCGAGCUUUGGGUCAAGGCCAGCGGGAGGGGUGGUUUCAGAUGAGAUGGGAAGGAGGUUUGGAAUGAGAGGGAGGCUGUGGGGCUUGUGGGUGGUGCAAAACGGUGGUUUCAGAUUUAACGUGUUGCUCGGGAGAGUUAGAACACUUUGGGCCUCCAUUUUAGUGAUGUGCGGCUUCUCUUUGUUCGUUCAGGCAGCUUCGGGCCUCACAUUUGGCGUUGUUCCUUUCGUUUCCAAGAGGUCACUAGGAGUGAUAUCAGGCAUGGUAGGAAGCGGUGGGACAAUAGGGGCAGUUGUGAUACAGCUGCUAGUGUUCUCAGGCUCCAACUCAAGCAACAUCUCUCUGAUGGGCCUUAUGAUGCUUGUCUGUACUCUCCCGGUCAACCCCAUCUACUUUCCCCGCUGGGGUGGCAUGUUCUGCUGUCCUUCCCAGGAGCCACCAGAUUCCAUUCAACAGAUGAAAAAUUAUCGCUUGCUCCGUGGGCCAUUGGCUAGUUGGGCAACUAUCUUACAUAAUACUGAAAAUAUCAGAUUAGAUGCUGAAGUAGCUUCUGCCUCUGCCCUCUUUCUGAUUCUGGAAUCAGCUAAAGCAAUAGCAAAUCCCACUGUAGAUUUUGGAGCUGGUUAA